CUGUGAGGUAGGGCUUUGAGUCCACAUACUUUUGGCAAUAUAGUCUAAAGUAUAGCUCUGUCCUAAUCUAAUGGUUUGUCAGGAUUGUUUUGCCAUAUAUUCUAUUUAUCUAUUAGUUUGUGUCCACAUAGUUUUGGCCAUAUAGUCAGUCUGUCUAUAUCGCAUACUUUAUACCAGAAAUAUGUGGACACAAAGUGGUAGACAUAUAGAAGUUUUGUCCACAUACAUAUGGCCAGAAGUAUGUGGACAUGAACUACACUAUAGACAGACUAUAUGGCCAAAAGUAAGUGGAUAUGAACAGCUGUGAUGUAGUGGUGUUAUAUUCCUCCUGUUGGGGCCCGUGCUGCCAGCAGAGGCCUCCACGUGUCUGCAGCUUUAUCCUCCCCAACACAGCAGCAGUGUGUCGGCCUGCUGACCCGGCGGCUCUGCGGCUGGAGGCGGACACAUUCCUCUGUCCUCCCCCAGGACCCGGGCGGGGGAGGCAGGGAGGGAGCGGCUGCUGCUGCUGCUGCUGCUGCUGCACGCAUUUAAUUAGUGAGGAAGAAGACGGGACGGGACAGGACCACCCCCUCCACACUGCUCCGGGCUCCGGCUACAGCUGCAGCAGCUCCCCGGACUUGAGCUCCACAGGUCGCGUCGGAGGUUUUCCGCUGACCGCUGGAUGUUCGUUGUUCCGUGGUUUUGUUUUUGUGUUGUUCAGCUGAGUUUGAGUUUGAAGCUUUUGGAUGAGAACGAAGAUAAACCGCGGGUUUUUGUGUGUGAACCAGUGAAGUGGUCUGAACUUGAUCCAGGAUCUGGUCUCUGUGCUGUCCCGCUAAGUGAGUGAUGAUUGAUUUGGAAAUGUCAGCGCCGCCGCUGCGCGCAGCUCCGCGCACUCCAUCAUCCCGGCGGGGCUGAGGAAAGUGAGAAACCACCUGUUGUCAAAGUUUCCUGGAGAUUGUCACGGAUCAACCCGAGCUGCUAAAACAAGACGCCGAGAGCCGAGAGGGAGUCGUGGCCGCGGAAUGCCGCUUUUAUGUCCGGAGGUUUCCGAGAAGAGGCUCCCGUCUAAUGAGCGAUAAUUCCCGCAGACCUCUCCCCGGGCUCCGUGUUGUGUUUGCAGUGAGCAUGUUGCCAUGGUGCCCCGGGCUCAGAUGAACAGGACGGCGGAGCUGCGGUCGGGAUGGCUCGGGAGGACGCGGUGAGGUGUCUGCGAUGUCUGCUGUACGCGCUCAACCUGCUGUUCUGGCUGAUGUCAGCAUGUGUGCUGGGAGUGGCAGCCUGGAUCAGAGACUCCCUGAACACCGUCCUGACCCUGACAGCCCACACCAGGUUGGAGGAAGCGGCCGUCCUCACGUAUUCUCCAGCUGUCCAUCCCGUCAUCAUCGCUGUCUGCUGCUUCCUCAUCAUCGUGGCCAUGGUGGGAUACUGCGGCACGCUCAAAUGUAACCUGCUGCUGCUGUCCUGGUACUUCGGCAGUCUCCUGGUGAUCUUCUGUGUGGAGCUGGCGAGCGCUGUGUGGACGUACGACGAGCCGUUAGUGCAACGCUCUGAUAUGAUCAGCCUGAAGUCCCGGAUGCCAAACUACGGCCUGCAGCGUUACCAGUGGCUCACACACACCUGGAACAGCUUCCAGACAGAGUUUAAAUGCUGCGGGGUGAUCUACUUCACUGAUUGGCUGGAGAUGACAGAGAUGGAGUGGCCACCUGACUCCUGCUGCUCCAAUCAGUAUCCAGGCUGCGCUCGCCACGCCCACUACCACGAUCUGAGUGACCUCCACCAAGAGGGCUGUGGUCCAAAGAUCUACAGUUUCAUUCGUGGGACGAAGCAGCUGCAGGUGUUGCGUUUCCUGGGCGUGUCCAUCGGCGUGGCUCAGAUCUUGGCGAUGGCGCUCACCCUCACGCUGCUCUGGGCUCUUUAUUAUGGACGUCAGUCUCCGGAGCCGGACUCCACGAUGCAGCCACCGCCCCCGGAUGACUCCGCCCCCCUCACAGUGACUCAUGGACCCUCAGCUGAAGCCUCAGGCUGCAGCCGCUCUCAUAAAAACUGCACUAACUCACCUGCUGCCUCCAAAUUUCAUCAGCACCAGUUUGAGAUGGAGCGUCUGUCGUAGCCGAGGCCGAGUGGCGUGCGACUGUUUGAUGACUGAAGAAGAACAAACCUGUUCAGUCAUCUGUCCAUCAUUUCACUCAGGUGUAAAAACAUCUCCAGCUUCAUGUGUGAGAUCUAAUCAAUGUACAGAAACACAAACAGGAAGUAUGAUGAAGAAAAGGUAACGAAUCAAAUAGUUUGUCAUUUAGGAGCCCUGAGGAACAUCACAUGAUCACAUGACCAACCACUAACCACAGCUGGAGUCAUGAUGACAUCACAUUUAACAAAGUGACAGCUGCUGAGCUGGUUCAAGGAGCGUUACAUUUAUUCAUCUGGACAAACUGGUUCAUUUCCAGUCAUCAGAUUUUUAUUCUUUAGAUUUCAGGCGUGCCCCUGGUGAGAACAGAGUUUCUAUCACUGAGAGAAACGAUGACCAGAGUCUGAAUAAACUGAUGUUUGAAUGAACCGAGUCCAGGUCUAAAGGAAAUGCCAGGAACGCGUCAGCAGGACAAAGAGAAGAGGUUCUGAACCCGAACUCUGCAGAAACAGGACGGACUGCGGUUCUUUGUUUGUGGUUCUUCACUGGACGAGACGAGAAAAACUGAAGGAAAAAACCUGUUUGAGAAAAGAGGAAUUUUUACCACUGAAGAAACAGAAACAUCCUGACGUUCACUCGAGUCAGGAGGAGGUUGUCGGUGCGAGUCUGAGGCGUCACUGGAAGACAGACUGUUCAUCAGAGUUUUAUUGUAUAUGACAAACAUGGAGUUGAAUAUUUAAUUUGUCUCAGUUAUUGGAGCGUUUGAUCAUUUUCUCACUGGAAUACAAACUGAACAUUAAAGCAGGACGACACUGAUCUAUGGAGGCUUGAUUUAGUCACCAGCCUGCAGAUGAGCCGGGUGGAGUUAACUCUCUGAGGGGCAGUUUGUCAAACAGCAGCUGUGAAUGAAUAAAUGAUUAUUCACUGACAACCUUCAAUAAAUAAUUAAUACAGA